CCCCGGCGUGUCCGGAAUCGGGCCCGAGGCGGCCGAGGGGGUGGCCUGUGGCCGCUCCUCCUCGGCUGACUCUACCUCGGGCACACUGCCGAUUCCCCCCCGGGGAGCGCCGACCCCCGCAUACGACGCUGUGUGAAAUAUUUGCUAUUUCCUGGUGUAUCCUACUGAACUUUGACCUGGCUUUGAUCUGUGAAUACGAUUUGGACUUGAUCUGUGAAACUUUUGAGAUAUUUGGUUUUGAUAAACCUAUUCGAUUGCUUUACGCCAUUUUGAUUUUUGCUAUACAACAUGGACCAAGAAAAAGAUAUAACUCAAACAACCGUGGAUUUUAUUUUGGCUGAUAUGGAAAUGUGCUCUGAUGAAAACCAAAGCCCAUCGACACAGUCAAUACCAGAUCGAUCUCAACUAGAAGCUUCAGUGAGAUUAGAAUUGGAAAGGUUAUAAACCGUGCUAUGUACGACCUAUGGAAAUUCGCCUUUAACCUAAAGAGCAUGGGGUCGCGUAAGUUCUCAAUCACUUUCCCAGACCCCCUGCUCGCUAACAGAUUUGUUACCCGCAUGGAUAAGAUGGGCAAACAAAUUGUGGAAAAAACCAUCUGGGCAGCUUACAUUCCUGAUUACCGAGUCUCGGUAAAAGUUAUUACUAAGGAUAUCGAUUCUUCUGAAACACCGGAAGAAAUUAUGGAUAAUCUACUUCCGCCUCUGUUCUGGAAUGAAGAUUGGCCUAAAUUGUUGGAUGCUAAAUUUAUUCCUAGAAAAGUGCAAGAUCGUAAGAACCCAAACUCAAACAUUAUUAUAAAUUCUAAUAUUUUGAUUCUUACGUUUAAGAGUCACACCCAACCAAAUGCUGCAUUAUACAUGGAGAAGAAGAUUAGGUUUACACCCUAUAUACAAAAAGUCAAGAGAUGCUACACCUGUCAGCGGUUCGGACACCUUGUCAUACAGUGCAGAGGUGGUGAACAGGCCAAAGUUUGUGGCAACUGCGCUUCCAAGGACCAUGCCACUGGCGAGAGCAAAGAAGAAAAGCGAGCAUGCAUUAACUGCAUUCGUCGCAAUAUGACAUCGCAUUAACAUAAGGCCAGUGACCCUAAAUGUCCUAUCUUUACAGAAUGUAAACAACUUAAGGUGAUUAUGGCCAAAUUGGGACUAGGUCCUAGUGAUGUUUUAAAUCUUUAUAAGCAAUUUGGCUCCCGCCUUCCGGAUGAUUGGCUGGAGGGCAAUAACAGAAGAGAAAACGAUCUUCCCACUUUUGGGAACUUUUUACCAUGGUACUCUGGACAACCAUUACUUAUACAAAAUUCCUCAUUCCCGGGAUUGUCAACAAACUCCAUCAUGGAGGAAAGGGAUACUCAUAAAGAAACUGUAACUUACAGUAAACCAAAUAACAAACAAUCAGCUGCCUGGAAACGUAAAAAGUUGGCUGAUUCUGAAACUUUUAUUGAUAAAACUAACAAACAAUUUCAUAACAAAUCAGUCCGCAAUCCUCCUAAUGACAUUCAACCUCCUCCAGACAUACUUGAUAAAUCUCAUUCUAAUGAUGAUACUGCAAUGAUGGAGUCUAAUGACAUUAUUGUUCCCCAGCCUGCAAUGAUGGAGUCUAAUAACAUUAUUGUUCCCCAGCCUGAAUCAGCUACUGGUGAAAUGAUUGGAGAAUUCAACCCUGUUUCUGAGGUUGAUGUUGAUUAUCUAUUAAAAUUUAAUAGUAUCUUCAAAGAAUUUCAAAAAGACUUUGAUUCCGCCAACUCUGAGGAGAACUCCUGUAUUAUCAUUACCGGUUCUCUUAAUAAAUUGUCUCAUGCCCCACUACUCUCUUUCGAAAGUAGACUGGAAUAAAUUCAAUAACCAAAUGAACUCCUCCUCUGAAGCACUCCUUCAAUCAGAGGACACCUCGGAACCAGCAUCUGCGUAUGAUAAGUUCACCCAACUUAUUGAUGAUUCCUUGCAAUCUGUUGGAGCCCGUAGCAAGAAGUCAGUUAACUUCAUACGAAGACCUCCUUCCCCGUGGUGGGAUGAAAAAUGCGUCGAGAUUGUUAAACCUAAAAUUGCAGCCUAUCACGAAUACAAGAGGCACCCAACAGGAGAAAACUUAGAUAUUUAUAAUAAUAUUUGCAAGUCAGUUAAAAUACAACUUAGAAAAAUUCGUAAUGAUAAAUAUAAAGAGUUCUGCUCCUCUUUGAAUAAAGAUUCGGACGUUAACAGUGUGUGGAACUCGGUAUCGGCAUUUAAGAGGAAAAAGCAUAUUAAAAAUAUCAAUAUCGAACUAUCAAAUGAAAGCCUUAACACAAUAACGAUUACGUUUAACAAUGCAGUUUCAGACAGAGAGCUUAUUAUUAUAACACCGUCCUUUAUAAGAGACAACAUUAAAGUCAACGAUUUAGAGUGCCUGUCGCCUUUUAUUGAUCACCAUAAGGACUGUCAACUUCUUCAUGAAGAUUUCAGCGCUGAAGAAUUCAAUUUAGUCAUCCAAAAUAAUCUUAAAGGAAAGAAAAAUAAAGCUCCGGGGCUCGACCAUCUUUCUUUCCGUAUCCUCUCACAUCUUCCGGAUUGGUGUUUUAAUCUUAUUUAUAAUUUAUUCAAUGACUUCUUCCGUCAUGGUAAUUACCCUACCUCCUGGAAGCAUUACUAUAUGAUUUUUAUCCCGAAACCAGGCUCCACGAAGUUACGUCCUAUAUCUCUGUCGAACACUUUACUCAAAAUAUUUGAAUAUUUGAUUAAAAAUCGUCUUGAGUGGUGGGUUGAAGCUCAUAAGGUUUUGCCAUUUUAUCAAAACGGAUUUAGACGCAAUAGAUCGUGUGCUAAUAGCGCUCUUGCAUUGAAAACUUACUUUCGAAGCGCCUUCCAUAACAAACAGAUCGUAGGUGAUGUUUUUGUGGAUCUUAAGGGUGCUUUUGAUAAUGUUAACCCCUUCAAGUUGCUUUA